AUGGGUUCAACAUUGUCCCGCACUUACUCACCUUCCACUCCUGCAACUGACCUCGUCGUGGUGGGAGGCGGUGCUAGUGGAGUUGCAAUCCUUCUCCAGUUGAUUGAACGAGCCAAGAAGGGACAGGCGCUGAAAGAAGUCAUUUUUGUGGAAAAGAAUGGCCAGCCAGGACCUGGCCUGCCAUACUCGUCCCAAUGUACGGGUACCAUCCUAAAUAUGCAUACCGAUACCAUGGGGUUAUAUCAUGACAACCCCCUCCAUUUUACCCAGUGGCGAAAAGACCUAGAAAGUGGGCCUUUUCCGUCACGGGCAAGCUAUGGAGAGUAUCUUCAGGCUAUGUGGGCGCAGGCAUUUGAGGAAGCCCAGCAGCUCGGAUUGGGUGUCUCAGUUAUUCAUCAAGAGGCGCGAGACGUUGAUCGACAGACAGAUGGCACAAUGCUCUUGACUCUCCAGGAUGGGACCCAGUUGCCCGCCAAGUCUGUUGUGUUGGCCCUGGGUAACUUUACUUCUGUGUGCAACACUCACCUCGUCAAUCUGCCUGGGUUCUUCCCAGGGCCAUGGCCUACGUCUCAACUGAGAGCUAUUCCCUCUGAUGCUUCGGUUAUUAUUGUCGGCUCACGACUUUCGGCUGUUGAUGCAGCUAUCUUUCUCUCCGCGAAUGGACAUCAGGGCCCUAUUACUUUCAUGUCGCGUAGUGGCAGUCUUCCUAAAGUCCAAGGGGAGUCAGCACCUUUCACUCGCCGCUAUGCCUUGCACGACCUUGCAAGGCAUAUCGAGGAGAACGCCGAUGAAAACUUGCUUCAGGUAACAAGUAAUCUAAUGGAAGAGAUCUUCCACGCUACCAAUGGCGACUGGAGCUGGCUCCACAACGAUGAAUCUCCCGUCAAACAGCUGGAAUACGAUAUACACGCUGCAAAAACCGGUCGAGUCGCAUGGCAGACAGUGCUGCGCAGCACAGCCCCAGUCAUCGAGCGGUACUGGAACAGUCUAUCCACCAAAAGCCAGCAGCUCUUUAUGGACAAGUUCUUCAGUCCCUGGAUGAGAUACCGCCAUGGAAUGCCAGUAUCAAAUGCCCAAAAAAUCCUUAAAUUGUUGCAGAAAGGACAGCUACAGGUAGUACAAGGUGACCGGGUACACUGGGAUGGCACCUUCAGGGCACAAACUUCCAUCGGCCUUCUCGAAGCCCCCUAUGUGAUCGAGGCGACCGGGCAGGAGUGCCAGCUCGACCGCAUUGAGUCACCACUGAUUCAGUCCGCAGUUGAAAAGGGACUCCUUACACCUCAUCCUGCUGGCGGUGUAGCCGUUGACUUCAACAGUCUGCGUGCCUCAGAGGGCCUGUAUGCCAUCGGGUCGCUUACUCGAGGUACGCAUUUCUAUGUGAGCGCUAUCGACCGCGUUGCCGCGCACGCCGCCCGAAUCGCAGACGCCGUAACACAAGAGCCCAUCGCACGGCCCUUACAUAUCGCGAUCUUCCUAGGAAGUGACCUCUUCUCACAUCUCAUGGCCAGUACCCUGGUCCCCCAACUCCUGGCAGCCGGCCACACGCCCUUCGUCUUCCUCCCAGUACAUAAGGCGAACCGCAAAACCACUCCCCCCUUCGAACUACGCGAGCUAGCUUUCUUCGAGCGAGAGCUAUUACAAAAGCAUGUCAUCCCAUACUUCAAAAUCGACAAACCCCAAGGAGCAGCACAUAUGACAGUCGAGCAAAUGAAGAGCGCAUAUGGUAUCCUCGUCCAAGAGGUUCCCAACGUGAACAGCGCUUCCUUCAUCAACAGCCUCCGAAAGCAUCACAUCGACGUGGGUCUAUCGCUGCGAUGCUACCAGCGCUUCAAAACAGAUAUUAUCCGUUACUUCUCCCGGCCCAGGAGGCUACUCAACCUUCACCCGGGCACCCUCCCUGCUUAUCGUGGUGUUAUGACGACGGUCCGAGCCAUGAAGAAUAAGGAGACACACUUCGGGUACUCCCUCCACGAUAUCGACGAGGAAUGGGAUGCAGGUGAUCUUGUUGAAAUCCGCAAGCAUCCUAUAGACUAUUCCAAGUCGAUGCUGCAUUUUAUGAAUGAUGUGUAUGGAAUGGGGGCCAAGUUGGCGGCGGAUGUGUGUGAUAAGAUCGCUCGGGGCAAAGAGCUACCCAAUGUUCCGCAAAAGGCUGAGGAGAGUGGCUAUUAUACCUUCCCGACGAAAGAAGACCUCGAGGGCUACCGUCAAGACGGGAUCCGGCUGGUUGACGCAGAAAGUAUAGUAAAUGUUAUCGUGGAGUCGUUUGCGCCUCUCGAGAAGCAGGAGAAGUUCCGGGCACACAUUGACGAAGUUGUUCAGAAAUGGUACGAGCAGAAUAGGCAGUAA